AUGAUGAAGGGAAGCAAGUCUUACACGGAGUAUUCGUCUUCUUUCUCUACCGAUGAAUUCGGUUACGAUCAGAACCGUUCAAACUCCUAUAAUUUCAAUGGACCUUGCAUCAACACAGAUCCUGAGAUAAAGAGGAAGAAGAGAGUUGCUUCUUAUAACUUCUUUGCUACGGAGGAAAAGCUCAAGAACACUCUCAAGAACAGUUUCAAAUGGAUCAAGAACAAAUUCUCUGGUGAUGAUAGCAAUAUCCGGUACAGCGUUUAG